AAAGUGUGUUGAAGCCCAAACCAAUUCACCAUUAAAGCCCAUUUAACACCUUAAACCCUCCGAAGAAUACUCUCGUCGCCGGAGGUGGAGCACCGUCAAAACUGAGAUGGAGGCAAUUCACCGAUUCUCCUUCCGUCUCUUCCCAAUCUCUCUUGCCGAAAGGUGUCGCAAGCCUUCUUUACUCGCACCUAAUUUUCGGAAACUCAUUCACAGGACCAUUUCUUCAUCGCCCAACAUUCCAAAAUUCAUUCCGGCCCCCAAAACCUACGGUUCCUCUUCAACUUCCAUUGCCAAAGCCGGUUGGUUUCUUGGUCUUGGAGAGCAGAAGAAAAUGAGCUUACCGUCGAUUGUGAAGGCUGGUGACCCAGUUUUGCACGAGCCUGCUCGUGAAGUUGAUCCUAAGGAAAUAGGGUCGGAGAAGAUUCAGAAGAUAAUCGACGAUAUGGUUUUGACCAUGAGGAAGGCUCCUGGAGUCGGUCUUGCAGCUCCCCAGAUUGGAAUUCCAUUAAGGAUAAUUGUUUUGGAAGAUACUAAAGAAUAUAUAAGUUAUGCACCUAAGGAGGAGAUCAAAGCACAAGAUAGGCGCCCCUUUGAUCUUCUGGUGAUCAUAAACCCAAAGCUAAAAAGUAAAAGCAACAAGACUGCAUUGUUUUUUGAAGGGUGCCUCAGUGUUGAUGGAUUUAGAGCAGUGGUAGAGCGAUAUCUUGACGUUGAGAUAGCUGGUUUCGAUCGAAAUGGGAAUCCUAUCAAGGUGGACGCUUCAGGAUGGCAGGCUCGAAUCUUACAGCACGAAUGUGAUCAUUUGGAUGGAACUCUUUAUGUCGACAAGAUGGUGCCUCGAACGUUCAGAACAGCUGAAAAUUUGACUUUACCUCUUGCUGAGGGUUGCCCCAAGCUUGGAGUUCGCUAACUCCAGCCUGCAUUGAUAUUAGCCUCGAGUUCGUUAACAUUGGAUAUCCAGAUUGGCUUUAUAUCCACCGCCAAGGAAGGAAAGGCGACUCAGAGAAUUGGAAUUUAAUUGAAUUUUUUUAUUACAUUCAGGCAAGUGUGUUUUGUUGAAUUGAAAUAUACUCUCUGUUUGAUUGAUUUAUGACUCUGCAUUUGGUUGGAAAUGAAAGCAAGGAGUUUGUGAAA